GUCUACUCACCAUGUCAAACUCAACAGAUUCUCAAGCACUUCCUCUUCUUCCUCACAUAGCUCUAUUCCCAUGCGCCGGAAUGGGCCAUCUGACCCCCUUCCUCCGCCUCGCUUCCACGCUCUCCUCCUCCCAAAACUGUCUGGUCACCUUGAUCACAGCCUCCCCUGCUGUGUCUGCAGCAGAGUCCACCCACAUUUCCUUGUUCCUUUCUCAACAUCCAAAAGUCAACCAUCUUGAGUUCCAACUCAUUCCCUCCAAUCCCACAACCACCGCCAUGGACGACCCUUUCUUUCUCCAAUGGCAAUCCACCAACCGCUCUCUCCAUCUCCUCUACCCCUCACUCGCUUCCUCAUUGCCGCCUCUCUCGGCGAUCUUCUCUGACUUUGUAGUAGCAUCAAGUAUGGGAACAAUCGCUGCCCAACUCAACAUUCCCAACUACAUCUUCUCCCCCACUUCAUGUAAGUUCUUCAGUCUCAUGGCUUACCUUCCGACUCUCUUAUCAAACACUUCAGAUAUUAGUUCUCUCACUCAAGUCAACAUACAAGGCCUCACCCCUUUGCCAAUGACAAGCAUUCCUCCCCCAUUUAGGAAUCAAAAUCAUAUUUUCACAUCACUAAUACUUCAAAGCUCUCGAGCUCUUUCUAGCGCGAAAGGGAUCCUAAUGAACACCUUCCAUGAUUUUGAGUCAGACACUGUAGCUGCUAUCAAUGAUGGCAGAGCUUUAACCAACAUUAAUCUCCCACCAAUCCUCCCAAUUGGGCCGUUACAAGCUUUUGAGCUCAAGAACGACCAAGACAAGUACUAUCUUUCAUGGUUAGACAACCAACCAAAAGAGUCUGUAGUUUAUGUGAGUUUUGGAAGCAGAACAGCUAUGUCAAAUUCACAGAUAAGAGAGCUCUCAAAGGGGUUGGAGACAAGUGGAUAUAGGUUUUUGUGGGUACUCAAGACCAGUAAAGUUGAUAAAGAUGAUAUACAAGAGGUGAAAGAUAUGGUGGGAGAGUCAUUUCUGGAAAGAACAAAGAACAAGGGGAUUGUAUUAAAAGCGUGGGUAAGCCAACAGGACAUUCUGGAACAUCCAGCCAUUGGAGGGUUUGUGAAUCACUGCGGGUGGAACUCGGUUAUGGAAGCAGCCCAAGAAGGGAUACCGGUGCUGGCGUGGCCGCAACACGGCGAUCAAAGCGUGAACGCUGAGAUUGUGGAGAAGGCAGGGUUAGGGAUAUGGGAGAGCAAAUGGGGUUGGGGACUUGAAGGGUUGGUAAGUGGUGAAGAGAUAGGAAAUAAGAUUGUGGAGUUAAUGGAAAAUCAGAAGGUGAGGGGAUUUUCUAGAAAUGUUGGGGAAAAGGCUAGGAAAGCUAGUGGGAUUGAUGGAAAAUCAGAGAAGGUAGUCAUGGAACUCAUGGAGUCUUUGAUGCAGAAGAGGAACUAGCAGGACCUUG